GUUCUCCAUGCGGCUACGGAGGCUAAUGUCAUCUUCUCCCCCACAUGCCCGAGACCAAAACCCUCGCUGCCUCCAUCGCCAUAAGCCCUAAACUCUUGGCCCUCACGCCUCGCCAAGUUUCUCUAGCGAAGAAAGAGACGAAGCGAACGCCGACAGCAUCCCCCAUGGAGACCAAGACCCUCCUUCUACUCUCUAUAGCUCAGUAUCUGCAGAGCAAUGGAUUCUCCAAGACUCUCAAGAAGUUCCGCUCCGAAGCCCAGCUCGAGGAAGUUAGUUUUAAGGGUUCGACAUUGGAUUUGGAAGAAAUAUGUCUCAACUACUUGAAAACAGCCGGUCAUGCUGCGACGAAGAAUGGCCUGGAGAAAGGUGGCACACACAUGAUUGGUGAAGGAGACUUGGGGGGUUCCUUGCUGGAAGUUCUUGAUAGGAAAAAGAAGAAGAGAAGUGGUGAGAGCAAUGUUGAUACUGCAAAUCAUCACACUGAGGAGAUGAAGAAUGAUGCAGUAAAUGAAAAAGUGAAAGCCAAAGAAAAGAAGAAAAGCAAAAAGAAUUCUGAUUUUCCUGGUAAAGAUAGUAAAAUGACGAGCUUGAAAGAGCUAGAAGAGUCUGCUGGUGAUGUGAUUUGUGGAUUGCAGUCAGAUGAAAUUACUGUGAAGGGCAAGAAUAAAAAGAGUAAGGGAAGAGAACAGGUUUCUGAAUCUCCUGUUCCUCGAGACUUAGCCUCUUUUGAGGGAAAUUCCUCCAAAGAGGUGAAGAAGUCUAAAAAUAGGAAAGAGAAAUCUAAGCAUAAAUCAGAUGAUGAUGAGCAGCACACUGCAAAGGAAAGACAAGAUGAUGAUGAAACAAAAGCAGAGAAUGCUGUAUGCUUUACUAAGACUUCAGAUGAGGGAAUCAAGGUGAAAAAAGUUUCCAAGAAAAGAAAAAGGCUUGAGUCUGAAGAAAAUGGAUGUAAGCCUGUUGAUCACGAUACACUUGAUGAACCCAAACGGAGAAAGGGUGGUGAUGUUAAGGAUGACAAGGCUGACAGGCAACUUGCAAAAUUGAAAGCAUCAGGAAUCAGUAAAGGAGUUGACGACACAAGAAGUAAUGGACAAAAUGGUCAAUGCAAUCGUGCUGAGGAGACUCCUAUUAAGCACUUUGAUGGUUCAGACAAUGUCAAAGAGGAAGAUGGGGAAGAAUCUGCUAAGAGGAAAAACAUGAAAAAGCAACAUAAUGGCUCUGCAGAGCCUACAGCAGCAAAGGCGUUUCAAAGGAUAAAAGUUGAUGAAGUGGUGUAUGCUGAUGAUAGACUUAAGGAUAAUUCCUAUUGGGCUAAGGAUGGUGCGGAAUCUGGCUAUGGUGCAAAAGCACAAGAAGUUCUUGGGCAAGUUAGAGGAAGGGAUUUUCGGCAUGAGAAGACAAAGAAGAAGCGUGGAACUUACAGAGGAGGACAAAUCGAUCUGCACUCACACUCAGUGAAGUUUAAUUAUUCCGAUGACGAGUAAACAAAGAGUCUUCGGUUUAAAUUAUAGAGGCCUAAUUGUUUCUAAGAUCCCUCAGGAGGAAAUUAAAUUUAUGAGGAUCAGCAAACUGAGGAGUUUCUCUGUGGACAGGAAGCUUCUGCAGGAAAAUCAUUUUUUGUUGUGUUCUAGUUUUGGCCUUAGUAGACUACUGUACUGGUUAUUUUUUCGCACAAAUGCUUCAUC